CGCUUGACCAGUUAGCAAUACUUUCCUUGCAGAACCUGUGCGUAAGGUGGGGAUCUCGAGACGGUCGUGGUGGUGUGCAAGCAAUUUUCCGCCGCUGUUGGUUUAGUCGUCUUGUGAAAUAUCGGGUCUCCGUCUGUGCGGUUUACUUAGAUCACGCUUUUCGCACGAGGUGUGAGCGAGUUUGUAGUUCGUUGGUUAACCGGUGCCUGUGACAGGCGUCCAACGCUAAAAAAAAAAAUGGAACACUAUGAGAGGGAGGGUGGUGACAUAACCGCAUCCGACAUGAUAGUUCCCGCACAAGACAGCGACAUCUUGGAGUUCUACAAGAACUCCACCGUAUUUAUCACGGGCGCCACUGGAUUCCUAGGAAAACUAUGCAUAGAAAAACUACUCCGUACCUGUCCCAACUUAAAUGCGAUAUACAUACUCAUUAGAGCGAAGAAAGGCAAGGACGUGUACAAGAGAUUCGACGAACUUUUCGAUGAACCUAGCUUCGACCCGCUUAAAAGAAAGUACCCAAAUUUCAAGCAAAAAAUAAAAAUAGUGGUAGGAGACGUCAGCCUGCCGGACCUAGGGCUAAACGAUGAGGACAGGGAGAAACUUAUCUCUGAAGUGGACUGCGUCAUACACUUCGCAGCGACUGUUAAAUUCAACGAAGCUAUCAAAUUGGCGACUUACAUCAACGUCAGAGGAGUUCGAGACAUUUUGAGGUUAUGUAAGCAGAUGAAGAAGUUGAGGGCUGUAGUACACGUUUCCACAGCGUUUUCAAACUGUAACAGAGAAGACAUCGACGAAACCUUCUACGAAACACCAAUUAGUGGCGAGAAAUUAAUUACUCUAGUCGAAUGUUUAGACGACGAAAAACUAAACAAAAUUACUCCAACAUUACUUGGUGAUUUCCCAAAUACAUACGCCUUCACGAAGUGCGUAGCAGAAGAUGUAGUAAGGGCAGAAGGGAAAAAUCUACCCAUCGCUUUAUAUCGACCUUCUAUAGUCAUCGCUACAGUGAAAGAACCUGUAGCAGGGUGGAUAGACAACGUAUACGGAGCCACUGGAAUACUGCUUGGUGUUGCAAUUGGUUUGCUCAGGACUCUUCACGCGAAGAAAGAGAACAAUGCCGAACUGGUACCUGCCGAUUAUGUCAUCAAUAGCUGUUUAGCUGCAGCUUGGGAUGUCGCCUCGAUAAAAACACUAAACGAUAACAAAGAGACUCAGGAUAAAUUGAGCAGAGAAGAAAAAUUCGACAAGGAAAUACCCGUCUACAAUUUUGUUAGUUCACCACAAAGUCCACUUACAUGGGAUGAUUUCCAGAAACUGUCCACAAAACACUGCGUGCAAAUACCAUCGGAGAAGGUGGUGUGGCACAGUUACUUCCGAAUGAUAUCCAACAAAUAUCUAAACCUGAUAGCUGUACUUGUUUUACAUAACAUUCCCGCCUACGUUGUCGACUUUAUAGCAGUCUGCCUGGGAAAGAAGCCAAUGUUGGUCAAGGGCUACCAAAAAAUCAACAAGUUCAGCGACGUGCUCGCCUACUUUUGCACACGCCAGUGGAAUUUCAAAAACGGAAACAUCCAGGCCCUUUGGAAGCGGAUGAAAAAGCAGGACAAGGAGCUUUUCGAGUUCAGCAUGGGCGAUUUCAACUGGGACAUGUAUUUUUAUACCUACACCAGAGGUGCGAGGGUGUAUCUACUGAAAGAUCCUUUGGACACCAUCCCCAAAGGCGCUGUGAAAUACUACAAACUUAUGGUGGCCCAUUAUGCGCUGCUGACGGUGCUGUGUAUUUUGAUGUUCAAGCUGUGGAUGGUAGUGCUAGGUUGUUUUUUUGAGUUCUGACGAUUUUUUUAAAAGAAGGUAUACAUUAUUUGCUAAAUUGUACGUAUCAGACUUCAAGUAAAAUAUCAUCAAGUGUGGAGGUAGUUAAUAAAGUUACUUGUUUAAUUUAAUUAAAUUUAAUUUAGUUAAACAGAACAGUAUUUAAAUGUCAAAUUUUUCAAAUGUACCUAUGCCUAUGCCUUCAUCAUCUUCAAAGGAAGCGAAUUAAUAUCUAAAAUAGACGAAUCUAUAAAUUUUUGUAAUAGUUAUUAUGGAUAUAUGUAAUAUGAAUGUAAAAAAUAAGUUUAUUUACAAUAACCAUAAAAACUGAUAGGGGAAUGUAAUUUUAUUUAUUACUACUAUUACUACUUAUUAUAUUUUACUGAGUGUAAUAUUUGUUUAUAUCUUAGAGCAUAUACCAUAUGGAGGAGGCACCAGGUGUUAAAAAGUGUAGACUUUGUAUAGAGAAAUGGCGAUAGUAUCCGCUCUCCCUCUCUAAUCGUUGAGGAAGAGUGUGGAGAGAGAAAGAAGUACCCAAACUAUAUCUUUCUCUUUCUCUGUCGCUCGUCUACACUGUCGCCGUAAACGUACUUAAUCCAUGUCGUACAUGUUCUAGGGUUUAUACAUAUAUGAUGUAUCCAAUCGUAUUUAAAUAUUAAAAAAAUGUAUAUAGUUUAACUGUAUAUAGUUAUUUUUACUAUUUGUAUGUAUUUAUAAGGAGUAAUUUAUGUCGUAAUUAUACUUUUUAAGAUUGAAUAAAUCGAAAAGCAGUGGUAAAACAUUAUUGUCUCCAGUUGAAGAGCACGGGGGAAAAGGAGGAAUGUCACAUUUACAUGUUUGUUCAGAAUAAGCUUUUUAAACUUUGCA